AUGAAUGUUUAGAAUCUAUUCGAAAGGAAAAUAGAUUAUGAAGAUCAAUCUUUAAUAAUUUCAUCAAUACGGAGGAACUGGAUCAGGUUUACUAUAAAGAUUAACAGAGGAUUAUGGAAAGAAAAUAGAAAUAAUGCAUUUGUAUUAUAUCCUUCCUCAUAAAUAUCAAAUAACUUUAUUGAUAGUUAUAAUGCAGUCUAUUCAACUCGUAUGAUGACUGAAUAUUGUAAUUCUGUUGUUGCAUUUGAUAAUUAAGCCAUCUAGAAUGUUAUUGAUAAUUAGACAGGAUUGGAUUAUGUUGAUUAUAAUUUAUUAAAUAAUAUAAUUGCUUAGGUUAUUGGCAUGUAUACAGGUAUAAGAGGACAUAAAAAUACUUAAUAAUAUGAUGUUUUCAAAUAUGUGUCCAUAUCCUUCACUUCAUUUCCUAACCCCAUCAAAUGGCAAAGGAUUAAAUAUAAAUAAAUUGUAAAAAAUCUAGUUUAAGAAGUUUAAUUAAAUUAAAUUAAAUUAUUUUAGAGUAAAAUGGUAUCUUUUAAAUUCCAAUAUGUAAUUUAGAUAAAUCAAUUAACUAAAUCAUCUAUGUAUAUUAGAACCAAAUGUAAAACAUUCAUCUUAUUUACUUGA